AUGGACAUCGCGGACUAUUUCACCAGAAUUUCUUAUAAUGGUGCCUAUAAAAACCUGGAUUUGGAGACCUUGACGGCAAUCUUACAACACCACAUCAGGGCUGUUCCUUUUGAAAAUCUCAGCAUCCACUGCGGGGAAACCAUUGAGUUAGAUUUAGAACCCAUUUAUGACAAAAUAGUGAGGAAGAAACGCGGUGGCUGGUGCAUGGAAAACAAUCAUCUUUUAUCUUGGGUUCUGAAAACGCUGGGAUAUGACACCACUAUGUUAGCAGCAAAAGUUUACAUCCCAGAAGAAAAUGCAUAUAGUCAUUAUGCUAAUCACCUUCUGCUAAAAGUGGUCCUUGAUGGCAAAGCCUACAUAGUGGAUGGUGGCUUUGGAAUGGACUAUCAAAUGUGGCAGCCAAUGGAGCUUAUUUCUGGGAAAGACCAGCCCCAGGUUCCCGGCAUCUUUCACUUCAUGGAAGACAAGGGGAUCUGGUACUUUGAGAAAAUCAAAAGGAAGCAAUACAAUCCCAAGCAAAGCCGCUCUAAUUCUGAUCACCUGGAAAAAAAGGCACGGAGGAAAAUUUAUUUGUUUACUCUUGAGCCACAAGAGAUAGAAAAUUUCAGGUCCCUGAAUGUGCAUCUCCAGACAUCUCCAGACUCCUUGUUCGUCAUAAAGUCCAUCUGCAGCCUCCAGACUCCAGAUGGCCUUUGGGCUUUAGUUGGGUGGACACUCACCAAGGUAAAAUACAAUUACAAGGAGAACAUGGAUCUGUUGGAAACCACAACACUGACUGACGAGGAGGUGGAAAAAACACUGCAAGACAAAUUCGGAAUAAUGCUAGAUCGUAAACUUGUCCCAGUGAACAGCAGCAGGUUGUCUUUGGCUUAUUUUAUUGGCUAG